CGUUGACAUAACCAGCAGUGCCACGAUCGGUCGCAGCACACACCACACGGAUUAUACACUAUCAUCACAGCACCACCAACUCGCACCUCGCACCUCGCGCAUCCCACAUCCCACAUCCCAGAGAUGAAGCUCUCUUCCAGCUCGAGGAGCAUUCGCCUGCUGCUGGCCAUCGCUCUAACCAUUGCCAUGGGCUCGGCCGAGGCGGGUCGUCUGCGCCUGCGCCACUCCAGCCGCCAGUUUGCGCCCACCACAGCCACAGCGACAGUAACAGCCACAGAUAAAGCUCCCGCUCCCGCCCCCACCACAACCGACAGUGAAGUGGCCGCUGGGGAGACCUCGGUGGUGGUGGUGCAGCCGGCGGAGGAGAGCAGUGAGGCACCUGCCAGUGAGGCUGCCGCCGAUCUGACUACCGGCAAGCACAAGCGGGGCAUCUUGCAUGGCCACCAUGGCCACGCCCUGCAUCCCGCUGCCGCUGCCGCCUGGCCGGCACGCACCUAUGCCGCCCACUAUGGUUACAGCUUCCAGCUGCCCGGCGCCAGCAGCUUCCUGGCCGCAGGCCCCGCCGCCAUUGCCGCACCCGCCCAUGUUCCCAUCGGAGCGCAUCGUCAUGGGUUCGUGAAAUUCGGCGCCGUCUCCCCGCUGCAUCACGGGCUGCACCUCAAGCCGCUCUCGCUGGCCGGAGCAGCCACUGGUCCAGGGCUGGCAGCUGCCUUCCUGCCCGGUGCUGGAUCCCUGGCACCUGCGCUGCCCACGGGAGUCGCCGCCGUGGCACCGCCCUCGUAUGUGCUGCGUCCCGGCAAUGCCGUCGUCUCCUCCUACAGCGUCAACUAUCCGCAGCAGCAUCUGCACAAGCCCCAAGUGGUGUUCUCUGCCGGCGCCAGGCCAGUGCAUGGCCAUGUUCAUGCCGUGCAGCCCACUUAUGUGCAGGCCCUGGCCCCUGCUCCAGCACCGGCAGUGCCUGUUCAACCCGUUCAACCUGUUCAGUCGUUCCAACCCAUUCAACCGGUGCAGCAUUACCAGCCCUUGCAGCCAGUGCAUCCCGUGCAGCCCGUGCAGCACUUCCAUGCUGUGCAGCCUGUGCAGCAUCCAUCGGUGACCUUUGGUCUGCCCUCUCCCGUUCCAGUUCCAGCUGAACAGCCAAACAUUUCCUUCAUUCCGCAUUUCUCGGGGGGACCGCCACAACCGCAGGGAUUUCCAGCUGUUCCGACCUUCUCCUUCCAGCCCGCUCAGCCUGCUCAGCCGGCGCAGCCUGCCCAACCGGCCCAACCAGCGGCGCCAGCACCAGAGGCGCCAGAGAUCCCUGACAUUCCGCAGAUCCCUGCCAUCCCCCAGAUCCCUGCCAUUCCACAGAUCCCUGCCAUUCCACAGAUCCCUGCCAUUCCGCAGAUCCCGUCCAUUCCACAGUUCCCAGUGAGCCCACAGUUUCCGGGCAUUCCCACGUUCCAGGGCUUUCCCCAGUUCACCGGCUUCCCGCAGGUGCCACAAUUUCCACAAGCACCAACGGCACCCCAGGCACCGCCCAACAGCCAAUUCUUUCCCACGUCCGUGCAGCCACCGCUGCCCCAGCAGCCACCCACGUUCAUCCAGACGGAGGCGCAGUUCCCGGGCGGAAUAGUACCGCUGCCGGGCUCGAGUCCAGUGCUUCCCGAAACUGGCACAGCCAUAGCCUCGCCCCAGAUACCUCCCCAGGCGCCAGAGCAGCCAGAGCCCGAGCAGUCGCCACCACCACCGCUGCCCACAGUGCGUCCCACACAUCAGCAGCCACAGCCUCAGUACCCACAGCAGCCUCAGCAGCCACAGCAGCCGCAACAGCCAUGGAAGCCGGUCUUCUAUCAGCCGCCAACAGACUCCGCCAACCGUCCAUCGAUCACACUGCUGCCGCCCUACGGCAGUGGCGCACCGGCAGAGGGCUAUCUGCCGCCCGUCGGCUCACAGCCAUCGGCUUUCAGUUCCUCCAGCGGCGGUGUCGGCAGCCAGGGUGGCAUCUUCGAUCAGCUAAGCGACGCGGAGCUGGAGCACAUCUUUGCCCAGGCCAAUCUUGCGCAGCAGCAGCACCACGCCCGCUCCCGCACCAACGCCUAUCAGCACUACUGA